AAAAAAACAUAAAGCCAAAAGUGCGUCACUGAUAAAAAGAGCUGAUUAGCUGAUACUGUGAGCUGGCAAUUGACCUCAGUUGUCUCGCAAAUAGUCCCCUUGUUGUUCAUUUUGCUGAAGUUUGUCGUGACAGUGUUGUCGUGACGCGCUAGCAGAUCAUACGAUUUGAGAGAAAAAAGUGGUCAAGGGGAAAAAUGUUCUUCCGUUGGAAUUUGUGCAUCUGGCUCCUCUUUGGGUGCAUUCUUUUGGCUUCCAUAGGGGGUGGGGAGAGUUUCUUCAGAUUUCGUGGAAGACGCUACAGGGGGGAUCCGGAAAAACGCUCUCCCGUCAUUUUUGUGCCAGGUGAUGGAGGAAGUCAAGUAGAUGCGAAAUUGGAUAAACCCGAUGUGGUGCAUUACAUUUGUCAGAAGCACACAAAGGAUUUCUUCAACAUCUGGUUGAAUCUUGAACUUCUCGUCCCCCUGGUGAUUGAUUGUUGGAUUGACAAUGUUAAGCUGUACUAUGACAAUGUAACGCGCACCACGAGUAACUCCCCAGGAGUCACAACAAGGAUCCCAGGAUGGGGAACAGCUGAGACAGUUGAAUGGCUCGAUCCGAGUCAUGCUUCAGCGGGGAGUUACUUCAAGGACAUUGGAAAUGCUCUGGCUUCCGUUGGUUAUGUGAGAAAUGUCUCAAUUAGAGGGGCUCCCUAUGACUUCCGGAAGGCACCAAAUGAGAACACACAGUGGUUUGUGGACUUUAAGGUGCUCAUUGAGGAGACGUAUGCACUGAAUGAGAAUCAACCCGUCACCCUAAUUGCCCACAGUAUGGGUGGUCCAAUGUCCUUGGUCUUCCUGCAGCAACAGACGCGCGCCUGGAAGGACAAAUACAUUGCGCGCCUUGUAACACUCGCCGGCGCCUGGGCGGGAAGUGCAAAAGCCGUGAAGGUCUUUGCCAUUGGGGAUGAUUUAGGAUCAUUCGCCCUAAGUGGGAAAACAAUGAGAGCUGAGCAAAUUACAUCCCCAUCUCUGGCAUGGCUGAUGCCCUCCCCCCUCUUCUGGAAACCCGAUGAGAUUCUCGUUCAGACCCAGAGUCGUGCCUACACCUACAAUCAGCUCGAAGAGUUCUUUGACGAUUUGCAGUAUCGCACUGGAUGGGAUAUGAUGCAGGAUAACAAGAAAUACAUGAUGAACUUCUCUCCGCCCGAUGUGGAGGUUCAUGCUCUCUAUGGAACGAAUAUCAGUACAGUGGAGAAGCUGUACUACCGCAAGAGUAAAGGUCUCGACGGUACUCCAGAGUUGAUUAAUGGGGAUGGCGAUGGGACGGUUAAUCUACGCAGCUUACAGGCGUGUACACAGUGGCGGGAUAAGCAAAAGCCCAAAAUCUACACGAUGGAACUUCCAGAGGUGGACCACAUGGCCAUCCUCAGUGAUAGUCGUGUCAUCAAGUACAUCCUGGACUUGCUUCUUCCAGCUAAUUAAUCCAAUUCAGGUAUUUAUUCAGCAAUAAAUAUGAGGCUCUCUACUCGUAGUUUAUGUGUAGCAAAUUUGUGAAAAUUGUGAUGAAAA